AUGGGCAUACGCAAAACUCUGAAGCGCCGGGCGCAGACGGAGAGGAAAGAGUUUGACCUGUCACACCUCGGAAACAAGACGCGGGGCAAACCGGCCGUCGUGGACGAACAGCUGAAGGCGGACUCCGGCGAUUCUAUCUCGCUAAAUGAGCCUGCUAGGUACACCCACUGCCGACAUAUCUUCUGUCGGCUCUGGGACGCCGUCUUCGCCCUCAUCCUCGACCUCAAUGGCCAUGCCAGAACGCACCGUGAUGCUACUAGCAAGGCAAGCCACAUGCCACACGGCGCGUACCAAGGCGAGCAGGAAACCUGCCGCAGCCGGGAACUCGACCCCUGCUCCCCAGUCUGGGACUACCGCCUCUUGCCCUGGAAGUUGUGCCAUCCCCACUUCAAGACACCACACAAGAUCCCUCUCGAGUACGGCCGUGGUGGCACUUUGGCGGUCAUGCAGUCGCUGCCGGCCUGUCUUGCCUACCGCAUCGUGCACCCAGCCUGGCGUGCCGAGCGUCGGUCGCCGUCUGCUGUCUCCUUACCGCUCGAGGUCAUCAGCAACGAGCCGCCGUUCGACAGUGCCGACGAGUAUUGGCGCGUCCGAUUUACCGGUACGACGCCCGAGCUACACCAACAGGUCUGCCGCCAGAGCCCAAGCGCCGUAAACAUGGGCCGAUGGUCCAUAUAG